AUGGUGUUUUAUAAUUUAUUGAGGAGGUUCAAAAUUAGUGCUACUGGCGGAGGAGGCAAUGGUGGUGGAGGUGGCGGAGACAGUGACUACGGUCAUCUCUCAAGCUCGACUUUUGAGUUCUAUGGGCCAUCUCUACCUAAGAGACCUUUUAUUUGGAUUGUCAGGAGCCUCAAUAGAAGUUCUGUUUCUCCAUAUAAAAAAUCGCUAGGCGACCAAUCUAGCAAGACAAAGAGUGAGGAUGCAAAGCGUAAGUUAAUCUCAGAAGUUAAACCUACCAAUCAUGGAGAGCAGAAGAUGAUGAAGAAUGAUAAGCCAUCUACCGAUAUUGCUGCCAUAGAUUCUCUAGGGGAUGCUCGGAGAAAGGUACAAGAGGAAAUCACCCGUGAAUUUGCUGUAAUUAUGGCAACGGGGACACUGCGUAUGAGUGACCCUGCUGUUUAA